AUGGCAAGGUUCAGGGCGCCUUCGGAGGGACCCUUCUUCCCCGCCGAAGAAGAGCCCACACCCAUGGCAUGUAUUAGAAUCUAUGCCGACAAAAUUUGGAAAGACCAGCAAAGAUACUGGAUGUACGGCUUUGAGUGA